CGGGCCCGGGCUCGGCCAUGGAGACGGGGCUGCUCCCCAACCACAAACUGAAAGCCGUUGGCGAGGCCCCCGCCGCACCGCCCCACCACCACCAUCACCACCACCACCACCACCAUGCCCGCCAUGCCCACCACCACCAUGCCCACCACCUCCACCACCACCACGCACUCCAGCAGCAGCUAAACCAGUUCCAGCAGCAGCAGCAGCAGCAACAGCAGCAGCAGCAACAUCUCCCCAUCUCCAACAACAACAGCCUGGGCGGCGCGCCUCCGCCCGGCCCGGACAUGGAGCCGCCGCAACGUGGAGGCGCCAAGGACAGUGCCGCGGGCGGCCAGGCCGACCCCCCGGGCCAGCCUCCGCCGAGCAAGCCGGCCGACGAGGACGACGCGCCGCCCAAGAUGGGGGAGCCGGCGGGCGGCCGCUACGAGCACCCGGGCCUGGGCGCGCAGCAGCCGCCGGUCGCAGUGCCCGGGGGCGGCGGCGGCGGCGGCGGUGGCGGCGGCGGCGGCGGCGGCGGCGGCGGCCCGGCGGCCGUCUCGGAGUUUAAUAAUUACUAUGGCAGCGCUGCCCCUGCUAGCGGCGGCCCCGGCGGCCGCGCUGGGCCUUGCUUUGAUCAACAUGGCGGACAACAAAGCCCCGGGAUGGGGAUGAUGCACGCCGCCUCCGCCGCCGCCGGGACCCCCGGCAGCAUGGACCCCCUGCAGAACUCCCACGAAGGGUACCCCAACAGCCAGUACAACCAUUAUCCGGGUUACGGCCGGCCCGGCGCGGGCGGCGGCGGCGGCGGCGGCGGCGGCGGCGGAGGAGGAGGAGGCAGCGGAGGAGGAGGAGGAGGAGGAGGAGGAGGCAGCGGAGGAGGAGGAGGAGCAGGAGCGGGAGCUGUGGCGGCGGCGGCGGCGGCCGCGGCGGCGGCGGCAGCAGCAGCAGCGGGAGGCGGCGGCGGCGGCGGCUAUGGGGGCUCGUCCUCGGGAUACGGGGUGCUGAGCUCCCCCCGGCAGCAGGGCGGCGGCAUGAUGAUGGGCCCCGGGGGCGGCGGGGCCGCGAGCCUCAGCAAGGCGGCCGCCGGCGCGGCGGCGGGGGGCUUCCAGCGCUUCGCCGGGCAGAACCAGCACCCGUCGGGGGCCACCCCGACCCUCAACCAGCUGCUCACCUCGCCCAGCCCCAUGAUGCGGAGCUACGGCGCCAGCUACCCGGACUACAGCAGCCCCAGCGCGCCGCCGCCGCCGCCGUCGCAGCCCCAGUCCCAGGCGGCGGCGGCGGCGGCGGCGGCGGCAGCGGCGGCGGCGGGGGCGGCGGCGGGCGGCCAGCAGGCGGCCGCGGGCUUGGGCUUGGGCAAGGACCUGGGCGCCCAGUACGCCGCCGCCAGCCCGGCCUGGGCGGCCGCGCAACAAAGGAGUCACCCGGCGAUGAGCCCCGGCACCCCCGGACCGACCAUGGGCCGAUCCCAGGGCAGUCCAAUGGAUCCAGUGGUGAUGAAGAGACCUCAGUUGUAUGGGAUGGGCAGUAGCCCCCAUUCCCAGCCGCAGCAGAGCAGUCCGUACCCAGGAGGCUCCUACGGUCCCCCAGGCACACAGCGGUACCCUCUCGGCAUGCAGGGCCGGGCUCCGGGGACCCUGGGGGCCAUGCAGUACCCGCAGCAGCAGAUGCCACCUCAGUAUGGACAGCAAGGUGUGAGUGGUUACUGCCAGCAAGGCCAACAGCCAUAUUACAGCCAGCAGCCACAGCCCCCGCACCUCCCCCCGCAGGCGCAGUACCUGCCGCCCCAGGCCCAGCCCAGGUACCAGCCACAGCAGGAUAUGUCUCAGGAAGGUUAUGGAACUAGAUCUCAACCUCCUCUGGCUCCUGGAAAACCCAACCACGAAGACUUGAAUCUCAUUCAACAAGAAAGGCCCUCAAGUUUACCAGACCUGUCCGGCUCUAUCGAUGACCUCCCCACGGGAACGGAAGCAACGUUGAGCUCAGCAGUCAGUGCCUCUGGGUCUACGAGUAGUCAAGGGGACCAGAGCAACCCAGCGCAGUCGCCCUUCUCUCCACACGCCUCACCCCACCUCUCCAGCAUCCCGGGCGGCCCGUCCCCCUCUCCUGUGGGCUCUCCCGUAGGAAGUAACCAGUCACGCUCGGGCCCGAUUUCUCCUGCAAGUAUUCCAGGCAGUCAGAUGCCACCUCAGCCACCUGGGAGCCAGUCCGAAUCCAGUUCCCACCCUGCCUUGAGUCAGUCACCAAUGCCACAGGAAAGAGGUUUUAUGACAGGCACACAAAGAAACCCUCAGAUGUCACAGUAUGGACCCCAACAGACAGGACCCUCCAUGUCCCCUCACCCUUCUCCUGGGGGGCAGAUGCAUCCUGGAAUGAGUAGCUUUCAGCAGAGUAACUCAAGUGGCACUUACGGUCCACAGAUGAGCCAGUAUGGACCCCAAGGUAACUACUCCAGACCCCCAACGUAUACUGGGGUGCCCAGUGCAAGCUACAGCGGCCCAGGGCCCGGUAUGGGUAUCAGUGCCAACAACCAGAUGCAUGGACAAGGGCCAAACCAGCCAUGUGGUGCUAUGCCCCUGGGACGCAUGCCGUCAGCUGCGAUGCAGAGCAGACCAUUUCCUGGAAACAUGAGCAGCGUGACCCCCAGUUCUCCGGGCAUGUCUCAGCAGGGAGGGCCAGGAAUGGGGCCGCCGAUGCCCACGGUGAACCGUAAGGCCCAGGAGGCGGCUGCAGCCGUGAUGCAGGCUGCGGCAAACUCGGCACAAAGCAGGCAAGGCAGUUUUCCUGGCAUGAACCAGAGUGGACUUAUGGCUUCCAGCUCUCCCUACAGCCAGUCUAUGAACAACAGCUCCGGCUUGAUGAACACACAGGCACCCCCCUAUAGCAUGGCACCCACCAUGGUGAACAGCUCCACAGCAUCUAUGGGUCUUGCAGAUAUGAUGUCUCCCAGUGAAUCCAAGCUGCCCAUGACGCUCAAAGCGGACGGCAAAGACGAAGGCACUCCACAGCCCGAGAGCAAGUCGAAGGAUAGCUACAGCUCUCAGGGUAUUUCUCAGCCCCCAACCCCAGGCAACCUGCCAGUCCCUUCCCCAAUGUCCCCCAGCUCUGCUAGCAUCUCCUCCUUUCAUGGAGAUGAGAGCGAUAGCAUUAGCAGCCCAGGCUGGCCAAAGACUCCAUCAAGCCCUAAGUCUAGCUCAUCCACCACCACUGGGGAGAAGAUCACCAAGGUGUAUGAGCUGGGGAACGAGCCAGAGAGGAAGCUAUGGGUCGACCGAUACUUGACUUUCAUGGAAGAAAGGGGCUCCCCGGUCUCGAGUCUGCCCGCAGUGGGCAAGAAGCCCCUGGACCUGUUCCGACUCUACGUCUGCGUCAAAGAGAUUGGAGGUUUGGCACAGGUUAAUAAAAACAAGAAGUGGCGUGAGCUGGCAACCAACCUAAACGUUGGCACAUCAAGCAGCGCAGCCAGCUCCCUGAAGAAGCAGUAUAUCCAGUACCUGUUUGCCUUUGAGUGUAAGAUCGAAAGAGGGGAGGAGCCCCCGCCAGAAGUCUUCAGCACCGGAGACUCCAAGAAGCAGCCCAAGCUCCAGCCGCCAUCUCCUGCUAACUCCGGAUCCCUGCAAGGCCCCCAGACCCCCCAGUCAACCGGCAGCAACUCGAUGGCGGAGGUUCCAGGUGACCUGAAGCCGCCCACCCCAGCCUCCACCCCUCACGGACAGAUGACCCCCAUGCCGGGAGGAAGAAGCAGUACAAUCAGUGUGCACGACCCAUUCUCAGACAUGAGUGAUACGUCGUUCCCCAAGCGGAACUCCAUGACCCCCAACACCCCGUACCAGCAAGGCAUGAGCAUGCCAGACAUGAUGGGAAGGAUGCCCUAUGAACCCAACAAGGACCCCUUUGGUGGAAUGAGAAAAGUGCCUGGAAGUAGCGAGCCCUUCAUGACGCAAGGACAGAUGGCCAACAGCAGCGUGCAGGACAUGUACAACCAAGGUCCCUCUGGAGCCAUGUCUAACCUGGGCAUGGGGCAGCGGCAGCAGUUCCCCUACGGAGCCGGGUACGACCGAAGGCAUGAGCCUUACGGGCAGCAGUACCCAGGCCAGGGCCCUCCAGCCGGACAGCCGCCUUAUGGAGGACACCAGCCUGGCCUGUAUCCUCAGCAGCCGAAUUACAAACGCCACAUGGAUGGCAUGUACGGGCCUCCAGCCAAGCGUCACGAGGGAGACAUGUACAACAUGCAGUACGGCGGCCAGCAGCAGGAGAUGUACAACCAGUAUGGGAGCUCCUACUCUGGCCCAGACCGGAGGCCCCUGCAGGGCCAGUACCCGUACCCGUACAACAGAGAGCGGGUGCAGGGCCCGGGCCAGAUGCAGCCACACGGAAUCCCGCCUCCGAUGAUGGGCGGCCCCAUGCAGUCGUCCUCCGGCGAAGGGCCGCAGCAAAAUAUGUGGGCUGCACGCAACGACAUGCCUUACCCCUACCAGAACAGGCAAGGCCCAGGCGGUCCUGCGCAGGCCCCCCCUUACCCGGGCAUGAACCGCACCGAUGAGAUGAUGGUCCCCGACCAGAGGAUCAACCACGAGAGCCAGUGGCCUUCUCACGUCAGCCAGCGCCAGCCUUACAUGUCACCUUCAGCCUCCGUGCAGCCCAUCACCCGCCCACCCCAGUCAUCCUACCCAACGCCACCGUCACUGCCAAACCACAUCUCCAGGGCGCCCAGCCCUGCCUCCUUCCAGCGCUCCCUGGAGAGCCGCAUGUCCCCAAGCAAGUCUCCCUUUCUACCCACCGUGAAGAUGCAGAAGGUCAUGCCCGCCGUCCCCACACCCCAGGUCGCCGGGCCUCCAGCCCAGCCGCCCCCCAGCCGCAGGGAGAUCACCUUUCCUCCCGGCUCUGUGGAGGCCUCACAGCCAGUCCUGAAGCAGAGGCGAAAGAUCACCUCCAAAGAUAUCGUUACUCCUGAGGCGUGGCGUGUAAUGAUGUCCCUUAAAUCGGGUCUCUUGGCUGAGAGCACGUGGGCUUUGGACACCAUCAACAUUCUUCUGUACGAUGACAGCACCGUGGCUACUUUCAAUCUCUCCCAGUUGUCUGGAUUUCUUGAACUUUUAGUAGAGUACUUUCGAAAAUGCCUGAUUGACAUUUUUGGGAUCCUUAUGGAGUACGAAGUGGGCGACCCCAGCCAGAAAGCACUUGAUCACAAUUCAGGGGAGAGAGGUGGCUCCGUGGCCGACGAUUCUGGAAAAGAGGAAGAAGACUCCGAGUGUCUAGAGGAGGAGGAGGACGACGACGAUGAGGAGGACGAGGAGGAGGAGGAGGAGGAGGAGGGUGAGAAGACGGAAUCGGAGGCAAAGAGCAGCGCUGCCCUGGGCACCCUGGAUGCCGGCGCCGACCCCAAGGAGAGGCCCAAGCAGGCCAGUAAGUUCGACAAGCUGCCAAUAAAGAUUGUCAGGAAGAGCAAGCUGUUCGUGCUGGACCGCUCGGACAGGCUGGGCCGCGCGCAGGAGUUCAGCAGCGGGCUCCUGCACUGGCAGCUCGGGGGCGGAGACACCACGGAGCACAUCCAGACUCACUUCGAGAGCAAGAUGGAGAUCCCGCCCCGCAGGCGCCCCCCGCCCCCUGCCAGCUCCACGGGUAGAAAGAAAGAGCCAGAAGGCCAAGGCGACCCUGAGGAGCAGCCAGAGAAGAGCAUCCUGGCCACCAUCGACGACGUCCUGUGCGCUCGGCCAGGGGCUCUGCCCGAAGACUCAAACCCAGGGCCCCAGGCAGAAAGCGGCAAGUUCCCCUUUGGCAUCCAGCAAGCCAGAAGUCACCGGAACAUCAAGCUGCUGGAGGAUGAGCCCCGGAGCCGAGACGAGACGCCGCUGUGCACCACCGCGCACUGGCAGGACUCACUGGCACGGCGCUGCAUCUGCGUCUCCAACAUCGUGCGGAGCCUGUCCUUCGUGCCGGGCAACGACGCGGAGAUGUCCAAACAUCCGGGCUUGGUGCUGAUUCUGGGAAAGCUGAUUCUGCUUCACCACGAGCAUCCGGAGAGGAAGCGAGCCCCGCAGACCUACGAGAAGGAGGAGGACGAGGACAAAGGGGUGGCCUGCAGCAAAGACGAGUGGUGGUGGGACUGCCUGGAGGUCCUGCGAGACAACACGCUGGUCACGCUGGCCAACAUCUCCGGGCAGCUGGACUUGUCUGCAUACACAGAGAGCAUCUGCCUGCCCGUCCUGGAUGGCUUGCUGCACUGGAUGGUCUGCCCGUCCGCAGAGGCGCAAGACCCCUUUCCCACGGUGGGGCCCAACUCGGUCCUGUCACCCCAGAGACUCGUGCUGGAGACCCUGUGCAAGCUCAGUAUCCAGGACAACAACGUGGACCUGAUCUUGGCCACGCCUCCAUUUAGUCGUCAGGAGAAAUUCUAUGCUACGUUAGUUAGGUACGUUGGGGAUCGAAAAAACCCAGUCUGUCGAGAAAUGUCCAUGGCGCUCUUAUCGAACCUUGCCCAGGGGGACGCGCUGGCAGCGAGGGCGAUCGCUGUGCAGAAGGGAAGCAUCGGAAACUUGAUAAGCUUCCUAGAGGACGGGGUCACCAUGGCGCAGUACCAGCAAAGCCAGCACAACCUCAUGCACAUGCAGCCCCCGCCUCUGGAACCGCCGAGCGUAGACAUGAUGUGCAGGGCGGCCAAGGCUUUGCUGGCCAUGGCCAGGGUGGACGAGAACCGCUCAGAAUUCCUCUUGCAUGAGGGCCGGUUGCUGGAUAUCUCGAUAUCAGCUGUCCUGAACUCUCUGGUGGCGUCGGUCAUCUGUGAUGUACUAUUUCAGAUUGGGCAGUUAUGACAUACGUGAGAAGCAAGCAUGUAUGAGUGAAGAUUAGCGGUCACGUGUCACUGGCUGUUUUCUGUUCUUGUUUAUCCAGCGUAGGAAGAAGGAAAAGAGAAUCUUUGCUCCUCUGCCCCAUUCACUAUUUUACCAAUUGGGAAUUAAAGAAAUAAUUAAUUUGAACAGUUAUCCAAUGAAUAUUUGCUGUCUGUGUGUAUAAGUACAUCCUCCUGGGUUGUUAUUUUUAUUUUUUUUUAACCAAAGUUACUGUCUAGUGCAUUCAAAGGUCACCUUUUCUUUUUCACAGAUAUUUCUUUUUAACGUCCUUUUCCAUGUUGUAUUGCAUUUUGGGGGGGAAGCAAAUUGACUUUAAAAAGAAACGUUUUGGCAAAAGAUGCUGAGAUGGGAAAAUUUCACCACACUGAUGCAAACAGGUGGAAAAUGGUCAAUUUCUUAUGUGCUUUAUUCUUCAGAGAAUGGAAAAAAAAAACUGUAUCCCAUCACCCAAAGCUCUGUGCAAUAGAAACUUCUAGAGAGAUAAUAGGUAUAGGGGCUCAAGAGGUAUGUCAGUCAGUACUCAGAACUGAGUGGUUCCACUAGACUAGAAGCAAACCCGCCCCUGGCCUCGCGUGCCAGGACCCCACCCCCACGCUGGCCUCACGUGACAGUUCUUCACAAUUCCUUUCAGCAUUUUUUUAAAUAUUUUUUUUUUACUGCCUAUGGGCUGUGAUGUAUAUAGAAGUUGUACAUUAAACAUACCCUCAUUUUUUUUCUUUCUUUCUUUUUUUUUUUUUUAGUACAAAGGUUUUAGUUUCUUUUUCAUGAUGUGGUAACUACAAAGUGAUGGUAGACUUAAAUAAUUUUUUUAUUUUUAUUUUAUAUAUUUUUUCAUUAGGGCCAUAUCUCAAAAAAAAAAGAAACAAAAAAUACAAAAAACACAAACAAAAAAAAAACACAAAAAGAGGGUAAUGUACAAGUUUCUGUAUGUAUAAAGUCAUGCUCCGUUUCGGGAGAGUAGCUGAUCACAAUUUGCUUCAUGAAUCACGGUGUGGAAAUGGUUGCAUAUGGAUUGAUUUAGAAAAUGGUUACCAGUACAGAAAAAAAAAAAAAAAGAAAGAAAAAAACUUCAACUAAAAGGAAGAAACACAACUUCAAAGAUUUUUCAGUGACAAAAAUCCACAUUUGUAUUUCAAGAUAAUGUAGUUUAAAAAAAAAGAAAAAGAAAAAGAAAAAAACUUGAUGUAAAUCCCUCCUUUCCCUCUGGCUUAAUGAAUAUCAUUUAUUCAGUAUAAAAUCUUUAUAUGUUCCACAUGUUAAGAAUAAAUGUACAUUAAAUCUUGUUAAGCACUGUGA